AUGAUUUCAUCGGCGCUUGAAUUUGGAAUCUGGAAGAAAUAUAAUGUCGCAAUUUCAGUAGAUGUGCCAAGGAAUUUUCGUCUUCUUGAAGAACUGGAAGAUGGUCAGAAAGGAAAAGGCGACGGCAACAUCUCAUGGGGUCUUGAAGAUGACACUGACAUGACUCUAACUAGGUGGACGGGUACUAUAAUAGGCCCUCCUAGGACACCGUAUGAAUCGCGUAUUUACAAUCUGCACGUGGAAUGUGGACCUAAUUAUCCUAAGGAACCUCCGAGCGUUCGGUUCACUACCAAAAUUCACAUGAAUGGAGUUAAUCAGUCUACUGGCGUGAUAGAUAAAAGGAAUCUGAGCACUUUGCGUUCAUGGAAUGGUAGCUUUAUGAUCAAAUCUGUUUUGGAAGAUAUCCGAAAGAAUAUGAUGUGUGCGAAAGAGAAUAUGAAACUUCCUCAACCGGCUGAAGGUGCAACAUUCUAA